AUGGCGCCCUCCACAGGCUGGGAGGACCCCAGCAGGGCGACAACGCCUCCCUCAGGCUGGGAGGACCCGCCCACUCCUCCAGACGGCGCCCCCCACAGGCUGGGAGGACCCACCCCGUCCUCCAGACGGCGCCCCCCACAGGCUGGGAGAACCCACCCCGUCCUCCAGACGGCGCCCCCCACAGGCUGGGAGGACCCGCCCAGUCCUCCAGACGGCGCCCCCCACAGGCUGGGAGGACCCGCCCACUCCUCCAGACGGCGCCCCCCACAGGCUGGGAGGACCCACCCAGUCCUCCAGACGGCGCCCCCCACAGGCUGGGAGGACCCACCCAGUCCUCCAGACGGCGCCCCCCACAGGCUGGGAGGACCCACCCAGUCCUCCAGACGGCGCCCCCCACAGGCUGGGAGGACCCACCCAGUCCUCCAGACGGCGCCCCCCACAGGCUGGGAGGACCCGCCCACUCCUCCAGACGGCGCCCCCCACAGGCUGGGAGGACCCACCCAGUCCUCCAGACGGCGCCCCCCACAGGCUGGGAGGACCCACCCAGUCCUCCAGACGGCGCCCCCCACAGGCUGGGAGGAGCCGCCCACAGCGAGUGGGAAGGAGAGGUUUGUCCCACCAGGAGCGGCCGAAGCGAUGAAGACCCCGUGUUCCCGGGGAGCUCUGAAGAAUGAGGGGCGACCAAACCGAGAAGACGCAAAGUCCCAAGAGUUAACAGAUGCUUUAAAAGGUGGGGGAAGGAACGCAGAGGAGGAGAUGAGUCCCCGGGACGGAUCGUCCCCGGGCUGA